GGACAGUGGUUUGGCUUCUCAGUCGCGGGUUUGGCGUCAUGUCACUAUCCAACUCUGCUGCAUUGAUGCCCGUUUUACCUCGCAAGACCACUGGCGCACCUGCGCAUGCUUGCUUGGUCAAUGCCUCUUGUACCUUGGUAGACAACAAGGUCUACGUUUUCGGUGGUUUCCACAUGUACACGGAUGAAGUGUACAAUGACAUUCUCGUCUUUAAUGUAAAUGACAGCCACUGGAAGCGACUUGAGCAUGUUAAAGGAAACUGGCCGGUACCUAGAAAUAGUCACACAACCACCUACUGGAAGGACGGAAAAUUGGUGAUCUUUGGCGGGCAGGACGUGAAUGACGAGUUCCUGAACGAUGUGUAUAUACUGCAUUUGAGGACCUUAACUUGGGAGAAGCCAGAAGUCUCUGGCGACAUUCCGUCAGGUCGUGCAAAACAUUCCGCUGUAAUUCACAAUGAUAAACUCUACAUUGCCGGAGGAUGCCAAGGGAAGGAAAACGACGUCUCUCGCGAUCUUCAUGUACUGGACUUGAACACGUUUACGUGGGAACCACAUGUCCCAUUUGUUCGCCGAUACUCUCAUUUCUCUUGCAUAUAUCGGAAUCGUCUAUAUAUCUACGGUGGAAUGUAUGCAAGUUUGGAUUGUGCUACCGAUAUUGCCUUUAUUGAUUUGGAUGACAUGAACGUGAGCCAAGUGGUUGUUAAAUGUGAAGAUUCGCCCCCCAAGUUGGGUCAGCAUUUUGCUCAACUGUGCGGCAAUAACUUGGUCGUCGUAGUCACGCAAUGCCUCAAAUACGAUGAAAAUGCCAUUGCUACUACUACCGGUAUAUGGACUUUGGGACUUGACUCCCUUCGAUGGCGACGUCAUGAGAAUUCAGACAUGGAUCAGCGUCAUGCGUCUUGGCACUACUAUGUGAUGAACCCAGACGAUAGACGAUUCAUCCUGUUUGGUACCAAUGACCGUGACCCAGACGAAUCGAAUUUAACCUUAGUGUUAACCUUGGAUUUGGAAACGUAUGGAAUAGUUUACGUUCCGCCCGGAGCAGCGGGGCGUGAUUACUCUAUUCUCUUCGAAAAGCCCGAAUUCGCAGACUUUACUAUUAUGUCAUCUGAAAAGGACAUGCCGCCUAUUCUCGUACACCGUCUGAUAUUAUCUACCCGUUGGCCACAUUUCCGAAAUAUCUGUACCUCUGGCAUGAGUGAAGCUGCGAGCGCAACCCUAACGUUGGAGGACCCGUACCAUUCCGUCAGAGCUUUCCUUCGAUAUCUUUACACUGACUCUCUGGAAGGCAUGUCCGUUGAAACAGUGGCGAAUCUUUUGGUCAUGGGCAAUAGGUAUUGCCUAGAUCGGCUUCAGAAGCUCUGUUGUGCUGAUCUCCAUGCUCGAAUGGACGUAGAGAGUGUUGCGACAGUGUAUGCUCGGGCUUGUAUGGUGCAAGACGAGGGCCUUUGUCAGAGAGCUCUGUUCAAGAUCAUGGAUGAUUUUGGAAGAGUGACCAAGACAGCCGGGUUUAGGGAGUUGACGCAUGAACAGUUGAUCGCUUUGUGGGAUGCGAUCCCUCGGGAGGCCUUUAUAACUGCGUGAUUCGCAGCGGUUAUUGCGGCCCCCACAACCUUUUUUUGUUAUAUAGCAUUGUUUGACAGAAUUUGUACUAUAUCCUUUGGCCUCUGGCAUUUUCCUGCAAAUGUAAAAAAAAGGCCUUGAAGACUGCAGA